GACGCGCUGCCCACCGUGCGCCCGGGCUACCCCCGCUGCGGGGCGUGCGGCGCUGCGCUGGCACACCUGGUGCAGGUGUACUGCCCGCUGGGCGCGUCCCCCUUUCACCGCCUCGCCAACGUCUUCGCCUGCGCCGGGAGCGGCUGCUGGGGGCGGCCCCAGAGCUGGAAGGUGCUGCGCUCCCAGAGCUUGGAGGCACGAGGACAGGAGGCGCGGGGCUGCGGCUCGAAGCAGAAAGAAGAAUCUAACUUCUCUGCAAAGGACUGGUGUGCUGAGGCAGAUGACUGGGGAGGCUGCGAUGGAACAGAGUCUCCCACAUGUGUCCUUCAGAUGUUGGGCCUAAAUGCAAGGAUGAGCAGCUCUGCAUCUGGAGAAGCACAGUGUGUGUCGCAGCUCCAACAGCUUCACUUGUCUGAAGCUGCAGAUAUGUCAGGUUCCCUGAAUGUGGACCUCCAGCUCAGGGAGGAGAUGAUGAUGGCCACUUCAGCUCCUGUGUUCCAUCCCUAUUACAUUAGUGUUGUGGAUGAGGCAGACUAUGCUGGUUUCCUUGAUACAGAUCAUGCAAAUAAACUAUUGAAAGAGUAUCAGCAGAGAGAGGGUGUUGAUCUGGAACGUUUGAUGUCAGAAAGUUUUGCUGGUGAGGAUAGUAAUGAGAAGUAUGAGAAGAGUCAAGUCAGAAGUGGGGACCACUCGUUCCAUAAAUUUAUGAAAAGAAUCUCUGUCUGUCCGGAGCAGAUUUUAAGGGCAUUCGUUUGUAACUUUAAUCCAGAGAGUCGGAUGCAACCUGCCUGCUCAAGCUAUCGCAGUGUAGUGGCAGAACCUUCUCUGCCAGGUUUCCAGAACCAGGUGGAACUAACUGGCAGCUUUUUGAUGAGGAGAUACUCUUGGGGUGGUCAGCCAUUGUUCAUAACUUGUCCUCCAGCCAACUUUGACAACAGUAUUCCAGCCUGCAGUAACUGUGGAAGCAACAGAAUAUUCGAGUUUCAGCUUAUGCCAGCGCUGGUCAGCAUGCUGCAGAGUGAUGCAGAUCUGUCAGUGGAAUUUGGGACUGUUAUAGUUUAUACAUGUGAGCAAAGCUGUUGGCCAACAAAUCAUCAAACCCCUCUGGAAGAGUUUAUUUUCGUACAAGAAGACCCUGACCAGAAAUUAUUUAAAUAAAUUGUAUUUCUCUUCAUAGAUGGAAA